AUGAAUCUUCUCUUUCUUUUAGCAACCUUGGGCUUUCAAAUAGCCAACAAGCCAGUCUACGCUCACAAUGCAACCUAUAACAACCCUAUUAUUCCCGGAUGGCAUUCCGAUCCUAGCUGCACGUUUGUGUCAGAAUGGAACAACACCUUCUUCUGCACAACAUCUUCAUUCCUAGCCUUCCCAGGCUGUCCCGUUUUUGCAAGCACAGAUCUUGUCCACUGGGAUCUUAUCAGCAAUGCUCUCAACCAUCCAGCACAGCUUCCACAAAUCCAAACCUCGACAAAUGCCCAGACGUUGGGUAUUUUCGCUUCUACACUGCGUUUCCGUAAUGGGACAUUCUACUUGCUCACUGCAUGGCUGGAUACGGACAAUCCAAGUACGGAGUUUGUCCUCUUCACGACCACUGAUCCAUUUGAUGAGAGUGCGUGGACGAACGCGUUCCAGAUCCAGAACCCUUCGGGUGCCAUUGAUCCCGAUCUCUUCUGGGAUGACGAUGGCAGCGUUAUCAUGGCAUUCUCCGGAUCACCCAUCAAAGCAUCAUACAUUGACUUGGCUACUGGUAACGCGAGCGAACCGUUCGAUAUGUGGAAUGGCACUGGCUACAACAAUCAAGAGGGUCCACAUUUAUACAAAAAGGACGGCUACUAUUAUCUCCUUAUCGCUGAGGGAGGCACAGAACUACACCAUUCUUCCACAAUUGCGCGGUCGAAGAGUAUCAAGGGUCCUUGGGAAAGUUCACCACACAAUCCCUUUGUCUCGGCUAGAUAUACAGAUCGGUACUUCCAGACAGUCGGCCAUUCGGAUCUUUUCCAAGAUGCUGAGGGCAAUUGGUGGGGUAUUGCAUUGGCCACUAGAGCGGGACCGGCUCUGUACAAUGAGAGUAUCUAUCCGAUGGGUCGAGAGACGGUGUUAUACCCAGUGAGUUGGCCAAAGGGAGACUGGCCACUAGCUGAUCAAGUCAUGGGCGAAAUGAGUGGCCCUCUGCCGCCGAGAUCUUCCAAGGCACAUUCUGUUCCCACGUUCAUGGGAGAGCCAGACAUCGUGGACUUUGUGCCGGGCUCUUCAAUCCCUACGCACUGGGUCUUUUGGCGAGCGCCAGCCAAGCCAGAGUCAUUCACGAUCUCGCCUCCGGGACAUCCCAAUACCCUUCAAUUGAUUGCCUCCAGAGCCAAUCUCACAGGAGACGCAUCUUUCAAAGCUCUAGAUGGCUUGACUCUACUAGCUCGCCGCCAGACAAAUACUCUCUUCGAAUUCUCUGUGGAUGUGCACCCUGGUUUCUAUAAAGCUCAAGGAGACGAGAUCGGCGUAACUGCCUUCCUACAUCAAGAUCACCAUAUUGACUUAGGACUUGUCUUCAUGGGAGGAUCUCCAAAUUCCAAAGGAAGGGUGAACUUUCGCUGUCGGGCCACUGAUUCAGACGCCACCAAUUUCACCGUUCCAUCUCCAGUGGUAACGCCUGUUCCCUCGUCAUGGCUAUCAGAGACCAUUCGUCUCUAUAUCCGGGCUGAAAAUGAUACUCAUUAUCAAUUAUCGGCAGCGCCGGCUGCUCGGCCCCAUGAAUCUAGACUCUUGGCGGCGUUCACUGGGGCACUUAUCAGUGGUCCUGAUGUUUUCACUGGUAAUCUACUUGGAGUUUACGCUACCACCAAUGGCGGGAACCACACCAUGGAAGGGUAUGUCAGUCGGUGGAGGUAUACACCCAUUGCUCAACAGAUCGACUACAAUGAUUUUGUACGGAGCUGGGAGCUUUGA